CACUCUCUCUAUAUAUAUCUCCUCAUUAAUUCGAUUUAUGCUGCAUACACUCACAAUAAAAAAUAUACUACAGUACUUUCUGUCGACAAAUUAUAUUCUUCGUCGAGAGAAACUUCAAUUCGAGAUUUUUCAUUUAUUAAGAGUGAAAAAAGUCUCAUUUCUCUUGAUCACAUGAUCUUUUAAUCACACGAACUUUUGAACGAAUUAAGGUUUCAAGAUGGCGGGAGGAGGGGGAGGAAGAUCGUUGGAGCAAACGCCGACGUGGGCGGUUGCCGUAGUUUGUUUUGCGUUGGUUGCUAUUUCUGUCGUAAUAGAGUUCAUCAUCCAUCUUAUUGGCAAGUGGUUGAAGUCCAAACAAAAAAGAGCAUUAUAUGAAGCACUUGAGAAGAUAAAAUCAGAAUUAAUGUUGUUGGGAUUUAUAUCCCUACUACUAACAGUAGGGCAAGAUCCAAUUUCAAAUAUUUGUGUAUCUGAAAAAAUUGCUAGUACAUGGCAUCCAUGUACUAAGCAAAAAGAAAAUGAAAUAAAUAAAGAAAAGUCCGAUGACUUAGAGGGUCAUCGCCGGCGACUACUUACGGCUUCUGAUGGCGGAGUCCGGCGAGUUUUGGCGGCUGUUGGAACCGACAAAUGUGCGGAUAAGAUGAGUAGUUGGAAGGCAUGGGAAAACGAAACAAGAACAGCUGAGUACCAAUUUACAAAUGAUCCAGAGAGAUUUCGAUUUGCUAGAGACACAUCAUUUGGAAGAAGACAUUUGAGCUUUUGGACAAAAAAUUCAGUGCUUCUAUGGAUUGUUUGUUUUUUCAGACAAUUUGUAAGAUCUGUUCCAAAAGUUGAUUAUUUGACCCUACGUCAUGGUUUUAUCAUGGCACAUUUGGCACCUCAGAGCCAAAUAAAUUUUGAUUUCCAAAAAUAUAUUAAGAGGUCAUUAGAAGAAGAUUUCAAAGUAGUAGUUAGCAUAAGUCCUCCAAUUUGGUUCCUUGCUGUAUUAUUCCUACUCUUCAAUACUCAUGGCUGGUAUUCUUAUCUGUGGCUACCAUUCAUUCCACUAUUUGUGAUAUUGUUAGUAGGGACCAAAUUACAAGUGAUUAUAACAAAAAUGGGAUUAAGAAUUCAAGAAAGGGGAGAAGUAGUGAAAGGUGUACCUGUGGUUCAGCCUGGAGAUGAUUUAUUUUGGUUUAAUCGUCCUCGUCUUCUUCUUUAUCUAAUUAAUUUUGUGCUUUUUCAGAAUGCUUUUCAAUUGGCUUUCUUUGCUUGGACUUGGUAUGAAUUUGGGCUGAAAUCUUGUUUCCAUGACAAAACUGAGGAUAUCGUCAUUAGAAUGACAAUGGGGGUUCUUAUUCAAAUUCUUUGCAGCUAUGUAACUCUUCCAUUAUAUGCCCUUGUGACACAGAUGGGAUCAUCAAUGAAACCAACAAUUUUCAAUGAAAGAGUAGCAACAGCAUUGAGGAAGUGGCAUCAUGGUGCCAAGAAGCACAUCAAAGAGAUCAACAAACAUCAUUCAAAUCCAGCAACACCAAUGUCAAGUAGGCCAACAACGCCCACUCAUGGCAUGUCACCUGUCCAUCUCCUACGCGGGAUCCGGACGAGUGACAUGGAUGUGAGUCCACAAAGAUUGAAUUAUAAUGUGGACCAUUGGGACAUCGAGGGGUCGUCAUCUCCCACCCGAUUCUACCAAGGUGGUAGUGGAGAUGGCUCGUCUUCGCCGUUCCAUAUGCAUCAAACUAUUCAAAGUGGUCAUGACUUACAUCAUGACGACUCAGAAGGUCACGAGCCUAGUCUGCCACAAACGGCUCUUGACCAACACGAAGUCAACAUUGCCCGUCCAAGGGAAUUCUCUUUUGAUAAAAGAACAACUAGUGUAUAAAUUUUAAGAGUUCAUGUUAGUGGCAAAGUCACCUUUGUUGAAAGUUGAAACAAAUCUUUAUCAAAAAAUUAUACUACAUUGAUAGGUCAAUUUUUUCUUUUA